UGCCGUGAACUUAUAUUUGCCCCUCCCCAACCACAAAACUUCACAGGGAAGGUGGCCUCAAGAGCCUCUCUCUCUCUCUAUCUCUCUCUCUCUCUCUCUCUGCAAAAUCCUGUAAAUCAAGUGGGCAUCCUCUAAACACAGAGAGAUGCUUGGCAAGAGAUCAAGAGCAAUCCAAAAGAACACCUCCAUUAUUAGCCUCAUGCUAGACUUAGCAGAGAUACCCACUAUCAAGAUCCCUUUAUUCUUCUCUUUCACAGAGCCUGAUGGCUCCAAUAGCCCCACCUCUCCAUUAGAGAUCAGAAGCUCCUCCAUCAAUGGAAGAUCGCCAAAAUUAGAGGGAGUCGGGCUUGGCAUAGUAGCAGCCAUGAACAAGCCCUAUCAAAACCAGGACUCUCUCUCCUUGAAACCCACUUUAAUGGCCAACGCCAUUAAUAGACCGACAACUUCUCCGAUGUCUCAGCCAAUUCCAAUCGGCCCUGCUAAAAUCUCUGCUAAAUUUAGAGGAACCCGCCAAACAGAGUUAUCGGAGAGUUAUACUUGUGUGAUUUCCCAUCAUGGACCGAAUUCGAUAAGGAAGAGAGAGUAUUUCGACGAGAAGCGCUGUGAAAUUGCAGAGAAGAAUUGUGGAAAUUGUGGGUUUUUCUUUGAAUCACCGAAGAAGCACGCGUAUGAAGCUUUGGAUUUUUUAAAGUUCUGCUAUCUUUGUAGGAAGAAACUCCAUGGCCGCGAUAUAUACAUGUACAGGGGUGACAAGGCAUUUUGCAGUGUUGAGUGUAGAUGCCAACAAAUACUAAGUGAUGAGCUCAAAGAAAAGUGUGGGUCUGAAGCCUUGAAGCCUUUAGAUGCCUCUGAUUCUCCAUGCUCAGCUCCGAAGCUUUUCUAUGCUGGUGUUGCAGCUGCCUAAAUAAGACUAGUAAAUAAAUUCACCCUCUAGGGUAACUUCAAGGGAAAAGAAAGAGAUAUAGAGAGAAAUUAGAGGAUUAUGAUGACAAUAUUAAAAAAAAAAAAAAAUUGUAUUAUUUUGGUACCCGAAUAACGGAUAUCACCGGCACAAGAAUUAUAGAAAUCCAGAGAAAUUGCAUCAGACUCUUAUAUAUUUUAUUCCAAUACAAAGAAAUUGGAGAAAAGGAAAAUGAAGUCUUUUUUUAUUUUGGGCAA